UUUGAAGAGCCAAAGUUUGAGAAGAGAAGCUUGGGAAGUCAUGAAAAGAAGCGAUAAACGAAGCCUCAAGAGGCCUCCUUGCAAUGUCGUUUUUCUCUAUUUUAUUGUGCUAGCCAUUUCCUUCACUCAUUGUGAUGCUAAAAGAUCAUCAAGGAGGGUACUAAACAAAGCUCCAAUUAGGCAUCAAAACAGUUUGUUCCUCAUGACGGCGGCGAAACUGAAUUUAGUGAAGUACCUAAACUACGAUUCUUCGUCCAAUUCGGGAUCCUAUGGUGUAAGCUCUCCAUUUAAUUUGCCACCUUAUGAUUCACUUGCUCCAAUUCCCUUGCCUGAAAAUGCCCCUCCGUAUUGCAUAUACCCUCCUAAUACCCCAUUUACCACAAACCCUUCUCCAAUUGGUAACACACCCCCUUCACCAUUUUACUACCUCCCACCUCUCCUUCCCAUUCAAAACCCUCCCACCAGCCCGACGGGUGCGAUCCCGAGCCCGACCGGUGCCAUCCCGAGCCCGACCGGAUUCUCCCCUUACCCUAAUCCACCAGGGACCGUUCCCAGCCCACCCGAGUUCGUACCCAGCCCGACAAUUCCGAGCCCACCCUUUUACGAGCCCAGCCCACCGGGAUUUGUCCCAAACCCACCUUCUACUGUUCCAUCACCCAUUGGAUUUGGCCCAACCCCACCAAUGUUCCUCCCUCCUAUUGUGUACCCUCCACCAAUCGGCCGACCACCCCGAAACGGCCCACGGAAGAUAGCCCUGUGGUGUGUUGCCAAGCCCUCAGUGCCCGACCCAAUCAUUCAAGAGGCCAUGAAUUAUGCUUGCGGGUCGGGAGCAGACUGCGAUUUGAUCCAGCCCAGUGGGUCGUGCUUUGAGCCCAAUACACUAUUUGCUCACGCUUCCUUUGCUUUCAAUAGUUACUGGCAAAGGACUAAAGUGGCUGGUGGCACGUGUGAGUUUGGAGGGACAGCCAUGCUAGUCACUGUGGAUCCAAGUUAUGACGGGUGCCGCUUUGUCUUCCGUUCAUGAAGAGAAAAACUUACUCUAGACGGCCGUCCACUCUCUCUCUCUCUCUCCAUAUUGCUUUGUUUUUGUAUCGAAAAAUCACAAAAAUUUUCCUAUUAUGUAGAUGGAAUUAAAACAUCAAUUUUUGUAAGUAAAUUGCAAAUAGCGUGAUUUAUCAAAAGAAAUUCCAUCAUGAACAUAGGCAACUAUAGAAAGUUAAAACCUUCAUAAACAGAUGUCAGAGAAGUCCUCUUUUUAACGAGGGACCUGCCUCUUUCUAUACACUGCUACACUUG